AUGGCGUCUCCCAAAGCCAAAUGUGUGCUCCAGAAUGAGGCCGGGAAAGAGUGCAAAGUCAGCCCGGGGAAAGGGGAAGGCGAGGCGGCGUUGGGCAACCGGAUGUACCGUCUGGAGGAGCUGGAGACCGUGGCCACAGUGGGCACUGGUACGUUCGGUCGUGUCUUUCUGGUGCGAGACAAACACAGCAGAUCGUUCUUUGCGCUGAAACAGAUGAAGAUCCCGGACGUGAUCCGCCUGAAGCAGGAGACGCACGUCCACAACGAGAAGGAGGUGCUGUCCGAGGUCACGCACCCCUUCCUCAUCCGACUGUUCUGGACGCACCACGACGAGCGUUUCCUCUACAUGCUCCUAGAUUAUGUACCGGGUGGGGAGCUCUUCAGUUACCUGCGCACUCGCGGCCGCUUCAGUAACUCCGCAGGACUCUUCUACACCUCAGAGAUCGUCGUUGCCAUCGACUACCUGCACCAGCGAGACAUCGUGUACAGAGACCUCAAACCAGAGAACAUCCUGCUGGACGCAGAGGGACACAUCCGACUCACUGACUUCGGGUUCGCCAAGAAGCUGUCGGACAGGACGUGGACUCUGUGUGGGACCCCAGAGUAUUUGGCCCCAGAGGUGAUCCAGAGCAAAGGCCACGGACGAGCGGUGGACUGGUGGGCACUGGGAAUACUGGUGUUCGAGAUGCUGGCCGGGUACCCGCCCUUCUUUGACGACAACCCGUUUGGAAUUUACCAGAAGAUUCUGGCGGGAAAACUGGAAUUCCCACGACACCUGGACUUCUAUGUCAAAGAUUUAAUCAAGAAGUUCCUGGUGAUCGACAGAGCCAGACGUCUGGGCAACAUGAAGAACGGAGCAGAUGACAUCAAGAGACAUCGCUGGUUCAAGACGGUCGACUGGGAGGCGGUUCCUCUGAGAAAACUUAAGCCACCUAUCAUCCCCAAAGUUUCUCACGAUGGCGACACGUCUAACUUUGACGUUUACCCUGAAGACGACUGGAAGAAGGACCCGCCCGUCCCACAGAAAGACCUGGACCUAUUCAAGAACUUUUAA